AAUUGCAGCCUUGGAGAUCAACACCACAGCAAACCUCGUGUAACAAUUAAACUUUACUGACACAAAACUGCUGCAAAAGAAUAUAGAGGGGAUUACAGUCAAGGAGCUGGAUUGUUUAUCUGCUGAUGUUUUCCUGAUGUCACCACCUUGUCAGCCAUUUACUAGGGUUGGUCUUCAGGGUGCAUCCAGUGAUCCAAGAUCAAGAAGUUUUCUCCAUAUUCUUGAGCUCCUACCUCAAUUAUCAAAGGCACCAGACUACAUUCUAAUGGAAAAUGUAAAAGGAUUUGAAACUUCAGAUACAAGAGAACAUUUUCUUGAAACCCUUAACGCCUGUGGUUACAAUUAUCAGGAGUUCUUACUGUCUCCAGUUCAGUUCGGAAUCCCAAACUCUCGUCUAAGAUACUAUCUUUUGGCAAAGAAGAAACCGCUUCGAUUUUGCUUCCCAACAAGUGUUGAGAUUAUGGAGAGCUUUCCUGACAUGUACCUCCACGCCGAUCGAUGUCACUGUCAUUGCAGUGGUUCACAUGGAAACAACAAGAUAACACCUGAAUUAAAAGAGCGUACGAAUAACCACGAGCAGUCAACUGCGACAGAGCGCUCUGUUGAAAUGAAUCAAAGCGCACGUCACAACCCCGCCUGCUCGAAAUGCUUAAGGAGAAGAAAUGAAGGAUGUUCAGAAGUAACGACAAUGAACUCAAGUAGUCAAGUUUACGAACUGAAACAUUUUCGGCGAAUCGGUGAUUACUUAGAGACUGAUAAGGAUGAUCAUUACUUCAAAGAGUUCCUUCUACCGGGGAAGGUUCUAUGUAAAUUUGCCCUCCUUUUAGACAUCGUCAAUCCUCAGUCUGAGCGUUCCUGUUGCUUCACAAAGGCUUAUGGACAUUAUGCAGAGGGAACUGGCUCAGUGCUCAAAAUGGCAACUAUCGACGACUCGGAUAUUUUCAGAAGAUACCAAGAUCUUUCAGAUGAUAAACAAAAAGCAGAUCUACUGUCGAUAUUGAAGCUGAGGUAUUUUACUCCACGCGAGGUGGCAAAUCUGCAUUGCUUCCCGCACGACUUUUGUCUACCUUCGUCCUUGUCAGUCAAACAACAAUAUCGCUUGCUAGGAAACAGCCUUAAUGUUCUCGUGGUGUCUGAGUUACUGAACUGUCUCUUCCAUGCGCCAUAGUUCUGCAAAAACUGGCUGGAGAUUGUUCGUGACUGUACAGAAAGGAAAUGAUGCUAGAGCGAAACUGUGGCAUUAAUUAUUUCUGGAAACAAGAGAGAAGAGGUGCACUUCUAAGGGAACAUUCUUUGUCUGUAAAUAAUAUAGAUUUAGCCAAGAAUAAAUGCGGAGCUUCGGUUCGUUUAA